AUGAGAUAUAAUAAUCAAUUCUUUACACCGAUAUUUGGUGAAGACUUACUACCAAUCAAACCAUCAAUAGUUCUCGAAAAAGGAGAAUUCAACAAAAACAUUAGUCUAUUGUUUGGGACGUGUAAUGACGAGGGGUCGGGAUUUGUUUCAAGCUUUGGAUUUAAAGACUUGAGUUCCAGCAGUCCCAAUUCGUCCAUGAAUUUGGAGAAAGCUCAUUUUAUGAUAGAAUUAUUGUUUGGUGUAAUGAAAGUCUCUUAUGGCAAAGAAGUGGCAGAUUUUUAUACAAAAGGUCUAACAGAUAAUGACGGAUAUGAACUAAAGAAAGCGGUGUCCAAUGCCUUUGGUGAUUACCAAUUGACCUGUCCCACCAUUAGAUUUGGAGCACACCUUGCAAAAACCCCCGCAAAUACACAGAACUCAUUGGCCACAAGCUAUUGA